AUGGCCGACACCGCCCCCGUUACUACUGCUGAGCGCAACUACGCCUCCGACACGUCGUCUGCUGACGGUCAGGCCCGCGGUGGCCGCAGGCCCAGGAACGUCGCUCUGGCCCACCCGACGGCAGAGCACCUGCCGACUCCUCCUCAGUCCAGCGGCUUGAGCCAGCCUGCGGGCACUCUGCUCAAGGGCGCUACUGAUGCCGAGGGCAAGGCCAAGGACGCCGCUCUUCUCGUGGGCAUCAAGCUCGACCUCGAGGCCGAGAUCCACCUGACGGCCCGCGUCCGCGGUGACAUCUGCGUCGGACUUUACUGA